CUAAGAUGUUUGCACCGCAGGAGUUGCUGCACGCGUACGGAUCGCCACCAAACAGGCAACAUGUGAAAUCCGUCAGUCUAGCCGCCAUUGACAUAGAAUUGUUUUUGGUGGGUGCCUGUGGAGGGUAAUGAAAAGCUUUGAGCAGCAUUUGCACCAUAAAGAUGGAGCACGGGGAUAUCAUCUCUGUCUCGCGUGUCUUACUGAUGGAAAUGGUCCUGCCAGUUAAAACGGUGGGUCUCCGUCUCCCAAAGAUAAUAUAGGAUGUGCCGUGUGUUUGAGGCCUUGCCGUCUUCCCCCAGCUUCCAAAUGAAAGGGCGUGGGUUUUAUCGCGUAACAGCAGCAUCGUCAAGCGGCAGGCGUAGAAUUAUAGAGGAAUAAGGUUGGAAGAAAGCUUCCAGAUAUCAUCUGUCGUAUGGCCCUGUCCCGAGGUCGAGCAAAUGCUACCUGCAUGACUUCUGUCCGGUGCUCGUCAGCCUGUUCUUAACCCAUCUCCGAGUUUUGCCACUGCUUCCGCUUUCUUUUCAGUCGCGGAUUUUGCAACAUGGAGAAUUAAUUUCUCCAACAGAAACUUUCCCAAAUGGAAAAGACUUUGUUAUACUUGAGAUGGCAUUUUUUGUGCUUCUGCUAUCUUUGAUAUUGGGCUGCCCGUCUCCUUUUUUUUUUUAAUACGAACACAACAUUAAAAAAAAAACCACCAAUGUAUUUUUCUGUAACUAGAAGGAGGGGUAGCUACAGCCACCCUUCCACUCGCAUCGAACAAAGAAGGGAAAUUUUCCUUGGCCCUCCUCUUGCUAUUACUAUGUUCAAAAAAACAAUUUUUUAUUCAUCUCAAACAGCGGUGGCCAGAUUAAGGUCUCGCUGCGCUUUUGCCUGUCUAAUUUUCUCCCUGCGUAUCCUAGCAACAUCCUUGUACUCUUACCGAGUUGCCUGUCCUUUCUUCCAAAGAUGGCAAACUGCUGGCCUUCCCGGCCAAUAGUCGGUCCGGAAUAGUCAGACUGAAAGGAUCGGCACCAAAAAGCCCCCAGAGCGUUUGAAGAGGAGCCGGUAAGGGCAAUCCCAAACACCCGGGGCUUGUUCUGCAGGACCCGUUCCACCGCCGCAGGUGCGCCGCACUUAGAGGGCACAGCUUCCCUUCGCGGAGGCUGCCAUCUGCCCCCCCCAGUUCGCAUCCUGAGCUGCGAUAAACACCGGGCCGACGGGAGCGGAGCUGCCACCAGGGCGGGGAUAAGCGUAAAGGGCACGCAAGAAAGCCAACCGAGGCGCGCGAACGGCCGGGCCAGGCCGGGUCGGACUUACCCGAGCCGAGCCGAGCCGAGCCGAGCCGAGCCGAGGAGGUUCGCGGUUGUGGGAGUGCUGUAGUGAGCGCGCGCCGUCAUGGCCAGCUGGAUCGUCAGAUCGCCGGCCGCCUGGCGCGGUGGCGCCGCUCUCUUCAGAAAAGUCACCCGUCAGGAGUUCUCCGCCAACGUUAUACGCGAGAAGAGGAGGAGCCGUUGCGGACGGGGAGUGCGUUGUGUUCCAUGAUAUUUCACCACAAGCUCCUAGGCUUUUUCCUAGCUGCUCGUGAGAAGGCUCUUGUCAGGUUAUCUGAAGCUGAAAAUUCAAAAGGUAACUAAAAGCUUUGUGCAUCAUUUGCUCUAUAAAGAUGAAUCAUGGGCAUAUCAUCUCUGUCUCGCGUGUCUUACUGAUGGAAAAUUUUCUGUAUGUUAAAACAGUGGGUCUCUGUCUCCCAAAGAUAAUAUAGGAUGUUGUCAUGGUUUUGUUUUUUUUUCAGUAUUCCACAUCAUAACAUCAUGUAGUGCACUGGGAGUUAAAGUGUUAAUGCUCCAAUUCCAGGUGCCUAUCCCUAUACAUCAUGGAAGUAAUGGGAUCUGGCCCUUGCGGGUGAGCUGGUCUCUUACUGCCAUGCAGUGGAUGCUGGAGGGUGCUUUCCUAUCUGUUCCAAACUUUUCAGGUUUGACUUGUUCUCGGGAACUCACUCUCUCUCCUAUUUUAUUUGAUUCAUUAGUCUCACUUUUAAUUAGAUUGCAUUAUGUUAUUUUAUCUUGCAUUCCAAUAUCAUAGUUAGUAAAAUAAGAUUUCCUCCAUGGACCGUUGCCGCUUUUUUUUUUUUUCCUUUCUUGAGCCCAUCUUCCAUCUCCCUAUCCCUUUUCUCUGCUCUCGGAGAGCUUUUUUAGGGAUCUUUAUCAGCAGUUCAGGUUUCAGUGCUGAAAAACUUGACCUUGAAAACCCUGGCGUCCUGCCAGUAUUCUGGGAUAUUUGUAAACUUUGAGCUCUGCUUAGUCUAGGCAGUGCUUUUUAUUUUUUUUUCUUCAUCUUGUCAGCUUUCAUUCAUUAACCCCUUUUCAGCAGCUACCAGCGAUGAACCCACUCUUUGUUGUGGGGAUGCUGUGUAAGGGAAUAAAAGCAAUCAUGUUCCUCACGACUUAUUGGCCCAUUAUCAAUGUCAUGACUUCUUGUGGAACUGUGUUCGUAUAUAACCAAAUAAGGGCACUGAUGGAGACACCUGCCUGGUACUUAUAUGCAGUGUGGUAUGAUUUGUAUUUUGACACUUAAAUCCCAGAUGAAAUAGCUAAUUUUACAAAUAACUACAUCCCAAAUGGAAUAGCUAAUUUUACAAACAACACGAUGUUCAGACCAGUUUCCAGGCUUUCUUCUCAGUUAGUCACACGUUUUUCAAAUGCCGAAUUAAUGCUCCCUUUUGUGGGCAUACUGCUGUGCGUGUUACCAGUCGCCUUGAAUGUACUCCUGUGUAUUCGUGGUAUGUGGAAGGAGUCUUCUCCAAAACAAGAGAAUGCUGACUGGCAGAGAAUGUGGAGAGAUUUAGGAAAGGUCUUAGAAGCAUGGGGACCCGCAAUGUCAUGGGAUUUCCCUCUUGAACACCUGUGGGAUCCCAAGAAACUAAGCCAGUAUUUGAGUCAGGGACAAUGCGGCUUACAUAAAUCUAAGGAGGUACAAUUUACCUGGGGUUUGGCUUGUGCUUACCGUGCCCUAUAUAAUAAUAUUCUGGAGAGAGAGUGUUUCCGAGCUGAGGUUCAAGCCUAAGGGGAAAAUCCCCAAGUCAAAUCUGAUCAAUCACAGGAGACACCAGUAACAAUACCAGUUGCUCCUGUGGAGGGCAAGAAAUGGAAACGAGUGUCUUUGCGUCUUGAACGAAAAAGAGAAGAGGAGGAGGAGGAGGUGGAGGAAGAUCCAGGUGAGGGGCCCUCCUCAGAACCACCAUCAUCGACAAAGGCAAAAGUAAAAACUAAGAGACGUGCAGAAGAGAGUAAUGUCUCUAUUACUACUCGCUGGCCUCUAAAGAUGACUGAAAUCCAAGGCUCAAGAAAGGAGUUUACACAGCGCCUGAAGGAAACUCAUAUUUCCUGGUUGGUUUGCUGUUGGGACAGCGGGGCCAGUAGCUUGUUUCAAGAUGGUAAUGAAGCUCACCAACUAGGAAACACUGCCAGAGAUCCCGCUAUUGACAGAGUGAUUAGUCGAUGUUUGGAUGGGGCUGCCAACCUCUGGGAACAAGUGUUAGUAGCCAUGAAGUAAAGGGAUCCCUUCAAAGACGGCUUGAAGCCUGUGAUGAAAGGGUGGGAUACAGUUGAAAAGGGUAUCCAGUAUUUGAGGGAAACAGCCAUGGUGGAAAUGUUGUAUGACCCUAACUUUGUUCCUAACCACCCACGCCAAGACCAAGACCCUGAGAGAGUGAGGACAAAGCCUGAUAUAUGGUGGAAACUCACAACAACAGCACCAGAAAGAUACGCCGGUACACUAGCAGCAAUGUUUGACAGAUACGAGGACCAACAGAGAAGAGGUAUCGUAAGCUAAAGAGGCCCCACCAUACAAUGAACUACCAGAAAAUGAAAAGAAAUAUGCCCUGUUCACAGAUGGAUUGUGUCGUAUUGUGGGGAAGCAUCGCAGAUGGAAAUCUGCUGUGUGGAGCCUCACACGACAAGUUGCAGAGGCCACUGAAGGGAAAGGAGAAUCAAGCCAAUUUGCAGAGGUAAAGGCUGUCCAACUGGCCUUAGAUGUGGCUGAACGGGAGAGGUGGCCAAUGCUUUAUCUUUACACUGAUUCAUGCAUGGUGGCAAAUGCUUUAUGGGGAUGGUCACAGCAGUGGGAGCAAACUAACUGGCAGCAGAGGGGUAAACCUUCUUGGGCUGCUGAACUGUGGAAAGACAUUGCUGCCCGAAUAAAGAAUAUGGUUGUGAAGGUGCGCCAUGUAGAUGCUCAUAUGCCCAAGAGUCGGGCUACUGAAGAACAGCAAAAUAACCAUCAGGUAGACCGAGCUGCCAGAAUUGAGGUGGCUCAAAUAGACCUGGACUGGCAGAACAAGGGUGAAUUAUUCCUAGCUCGAUGGGCCCAUGAGACCUCAGGUCAUCAAGGGAGAGAUGCAACAUAUAAGUGGGCUAGAGACCGAGGAGUGGACUUAACUAUGGACGCUAUCGCACAGAUUAUUCAUGACUGUGAAACAUGUGCCAUCAUCAAACAAGCCAAGAGGAUGAAACCUCUCUGGGAGGAAGGGCGAUGGCAAAAGUACAAAUAUGGGGAGGCAUGGCAGGUUGAUUAUAUCACCUUGCCACGAUCUCGCAAUGGUAAGCAUUAUGUGCUUACUAUGGUGGAGGCAACCACUGGGUGGCUCGAAACAUAUGCAGUACCCCAUGCUACCGCCCAAAACACCAUAUUGGGUCACGAGAAACAAGUCCUGUGGCAACAUGGCACCCCAGAAAGGACUGAGUCAGAUAAUGGGACUCAUUUCAAAAAUUCUCUUGUAAAUACUUGGGCCAAAGAUCAUGGCAUUGAGUGGAUUUAUCAUAUUCUCUGCCAUGCAAAAGCCUCUGGUAAAAGUGAACAAUACAAUGGGUUGUUAGAAACUGUGUUGAAAGCAAUGUGUGGCGGAACAUUUAGGCACUGGGAGAAGCAUUUGGCAGAAGCCACCUGGCUGGUCAACACCAGAGGAUCUAUGGAUCGUGAUGAUCCUGCACAAUCUAGAUGCCUGCAUACUGCAGAGGGAGAUAAGGUCCCUGUGGUACACAUAAGCAGCAUGUUGGGAAAAGCAGUUUGGGUCCUUCCAGCUUCUGGGAAGAGCAAACCUCACGGUGAUAUUGUUUUUGCCCAGGGACCAGGGUACACUUGGUGGGUAAUGCAGAAAAACGGGGAUGUUCAGUGUGUACCACAAGGAAACUUGAUGCCGAGGGAGUGCAGUUAGUAAUUCUCCGUAUAUGUAUAUAGACAUGUGUGUGUAAUGCAUUUUAAUCAUUAUUUGUUUGUAUAUAUGUAUAUAUAUAUAAGUAUGAUGUAGUGAUGUAGAAUAGUGGGUGGAAUGUCAUGGUUUUGUGUUUUUUUGCUUUUCAGUAUUCCCCAUCAUAACAUCAUGUAGUGCAGUGGCAGUUUAUGUGUUAAUGCUUCAAUUCCGGGUGCCUAUCGCUGUACACCAGGAAAGUUGUUGAAUCUGGCCCUUCCUGGUGGGGUGAUCUCUUACUGCCUUGCAGUGGAUGCUGCAGGGUGAUUUCCUAGAUGUUCAAAGCUUUUCAGGUUUGACUAGGUCUCGGGAACUCUCUCUCUCCUAUUUUAUUUGAUUAAUUUGUCUCAAUUUCAAUUAGAUAGUGUCAUAUUGUAUUAUCUUGAACUGACAUAUAAUAGUUAGUAAAAUAAGUUUUCCUUGAUAGAUCAUUGACGUUGCAUUUUCUGUUUUCCUUCCUUGAGCCCAGCUCCCAUCUCCCUAUCCCUUUUCCCUUUCCCUUCCCAUUUUGAGAGGACGGGGGGGUGCCCAGUGGCCUAAUGCUCCCCUGUCACAGGCAUAGAUUGAUGUAGUUAACUCCAUGACUGGA